AUGGCACAUGUCUAUACAGAGUUUACAGACACCUUAGCUAAAGCUAUUGAUCAAGUUUGUUCUCCUCUAUAUACACAAAUGUUCGAAAAAGUUGCUAAAGAACAGCUCAAUUCUCUUUCAAAUGAACAACUUACAAUGCUCACCUAUUAUCCAAACCAAAUUACCUGGUAUGAGGGUAAUCGACGUCAAGAGAUGAUUGAAAGAAUUCGACAUACUCAUCUCAAAUGGUUCAAUAAUUGGCUUAAUGAGAAUUAUACUGGUCGACCACCCUAUAUCAAAUGGAAUUCAGCUAUGAUAAAUAUUUUACUACAUCUAACGAACUUAUUAUUUCGAAUGGAUCUCGGUGAUAUCAUUAGUAGUGAAGACACCCGCAACGAAUGUCGACAUAUCGCUGAUACUGUCAAACGCCUUCUAUUGUCUGUCAAUGAAUCAAAUCAAAUAACAAUAGAUCCAACUGGUAUACCUCUUGUUCAACAGCUUCUUCAAAUUCUCUUCUAUUUUACUCUGGACAGUGAACUUGUUAUUUAUCUUAAAAGUCUUCACUUAGUCGAUCUCGUGAAUACACUUAUACGAACAUCCGGUAAUGAUGAUGAAAUUCAUUUACAAGCUUAUCGAAUUCUAGCAGUUAUAAUGGGAGAAACAGAUAUAAAACAACUGCAAAAUUCAAGUAGAAUUGCUACAGUUUUUAUUAUUUUUAUUAAAAAUGUUAUUGAUGGAGGUGUUCGUACUGAAGGUCGCCUACACAAUAGUCUUCGAAGUCUUAAAGUAUUAACACAGCAUGAUCAAAUUCGUGAAGAGUUAAUCAAACAACAAGGACAUUCUCUUUUUCUUCGAUGUGCUCUCGAAGAUCAAUUCAAUCCACUCAAAGCAAAACUUCCUGCACUUCAAAUUCUUCUUGCAUUGGCUUUCAACAAAGAUUUUGCUACUAUCUUAAAAGACAACAACAUUUUCAUGGAUCAUAUUCGAACAUUAACUUCAUCAUCACAACAAGAUUUACAACUAGUAGCUACUGCAUUAAUAUGGAAAUUAGAAAAAGAACCAGAAACAACAAUCAAACUAGUUCAAGAUCAAUCUUCUUCAAUUUCUUCAUCGAUGGUAACUAAAAAACAAUAUGAUAUCAUGAUAAGCUACUCACAUAAUGAUAAAGAACUUUGUCAUCGCAUUCUAAGCUUUCUUGAAAAAGAUCAAUUACGUGUUUGGAUUGAUUCUCAAUUGAUGCAUGGUGCUACAUUUGAUGCCAUGGCUAAAGCUAUCGAAAAUUCAGAAUUUGUACUUGUUUGUAUGUCUGAUGCUUACAAACAAAGUCCUUUUUGUGAAAUGGAAGCUAGUUAUGCAGUUAAAUGUCGAUGUCAUAUUAUUCCAUUAUUGAUGACAGCCAACUAUAAAGCUGAUGGAUGGCUUGGAGUAUUAACAUCAGCACUUAUCUACAUUGAUUUUCCAAAACUUGGUUUCGACAAAGCUUAUCAAGAACUUAAGAAACAAAUUGGACUAUUUCGAAUGACUAAUUCGAAUUCAACAACUGUAGAACAAAAUCAAAUC